GUUACAGGAUGGAAAGAGCAUUUAACUUUAAACUGUUAGUGCCUCCAAGAACCAGGCUUGGUCAAGUGUCAGCCGUAAAGCCCCAAGAUCCUGGCCUGUUUGAAGAUAACAGUAACUGUACAACAUCAGUUCAGAGUUUUAAUAAGAAUUUUGAAAAGAAAACCUUGUCAAAUACUAAGAUGGUGUUGCCUACAGAAUCCCCACCACCAGAGGUCACGAAAAGGAUUGCUGUAAUGCCAAUCGAAAAAGAAGGGACUCCAUUAAGAUCCAGUCAGUUGUAUUCCAAACUGUUUGAAGAGGCUGAAAAAAUAAAAGCUUGGAAACUGAAAAUGGACUAUGAUAUUUCGCAAAAAGAUAGAAAGCUUCAGGAGAAUAGCAGAACAAUUGAGACACAGCGCAAAGCCAUUAAAGAACUUCAGUUUGAAAAUGAAAGUCUCAGCAUGAAAUUGGAGGAACAAAUAACUGAAAAUGAAGAUAUGACGAAUAAAAGUAAUGCAACAAGAAAUUUGUGCAAUAUUCUAAAGGACACUUUUGAAAGAUCUACAGAGAAAAUAAGCCUAUUUGAGGCAGAAAGAGAAGAAACUCGUGGUCUCUUCUUGCAAAACCACGAACACAUUCAGAGAUUGGUCGCUGCAUUUGAAAAUCUCCGGCUGCAAUCAGAGGCUGACCAGCUAGAAAUGUUAAAAGCUAAGGAGGCCCUUAAACAGUUUGAGGACCUUAAAGUGAGAUUUGAGAAUGAGUAUCAUAUCAAGGAGGAGAAGGUUUCCUUGCUUGAAGGAAAACUAAGAGAAAAUGAAAGUCAGCUUACAGAAGCUUUACUCAAGCUUCAGGAGACACAAAAAAACUUUAGUCAGCUCCAGGAAUCUGCAAACCAGCAACUUGAAUCACUUCACAAUUGCAAAGAAAACCGAGACAAACUGCAGGAAAAACUGGGAAGAGAAGAACAACUCAGACAGGAGAGUGAGAAAAAACAGAAAUUGUUAGUUAACACACUUGAACAAACCAAAGAGAUGUAUCUAAAGGAACUUCUGCAGAAUCAGACCAAACUUAAAGAAAUAAGUAAUAUCAAAGAGCAACUGGCACGCCAAAUUCAGGAGAUACAAGGGACAGCAGAUUCCUUACAGUCUUCUUUAAAAUCUGAAAAAAUUAGGGUUCAAGAACUUGAAUUGGAGCUUCAAGCAGUAUCUCAGGAGCUCUACCGCUCAAACAAUAUAAUAGGUAUAAUACGAGAAGAGAAAGUGGAAUGUGACAACCAAAUACAAGCUCUGGAAAUUGAAAAGAAGGCAAAGGACAAUGAUAUUAAGUCUUUUAAGGAAAAGAUAAAAGCAGGUGAAGGACAGAUUCUGCAGCUGACUUCAGAACAUGAGGAAAAACUAAAAGAAAUAGAAAAAUUGAAGGUCAAUCUUAGAGAGGUUGAGGGGCAGUUAUCAGAAGCAUUAAAGAAAGAGAGCAAGUCAUCUAGUAAUAUUGAAAGAUUGCAGAAGGAUAUCAGUGAGUACAAGGAUAGAUAUGAUGAUCUACUGGAAAGAUUUAAUCAACUUCUUCAAAAGGACAUUGUACAAAAAGAGGACAGUGAUCAAAAGACUAAGGAAAUGAAAGAAGCUCAGAAAAAAAUGAAAAUUGAAGUAGGGAAACUUGAGCUGGAAAAACUACAAUUACAAAAGCAGUUGGAGGUACUACAUGCAAAAAUUGAGGAGCAACACGAAGAGCAGGUGAAAAUGCAGAAGCUGUUAAAGGAAUCUAAUAAAAGCUCACAGACUAUACUGAUAAAGAAGGAGAGACAAAUGAAAGCACUGGAGCUAAAGUUAACAAAUCUAAAAUCAAAACUGGAUGGCGAAGCCAAGACACAGGAUGAAACUCUGAAAGAAGUCGCUAAAUUAAAAGAAGAUUCCCAAACCCUGAAACAUCAUCAUGAGGAAGAGUAUAAGAGAAUCUGUUCUGAGCUGGAAAGAAAAUCAGCAUCUGAGGCUGAGCUUACACUGGAGGUGCAGAAAUGGAAACAAACCUCACUAGAAGCAACAAAGAGUAAGGAAGACAAUGAAAUAAAAUUCCAACAGAAGAUAGCUGACAUGGUUGCUUUAAUGGAGAAACAUAAGCAUGAGUAUGACAUAAUGGUGAAAGAGAAGGAUGCAGAACUGAAUGAAAAAAAAAUGCGAGAAGCUGAAGUUAAUGCUAAUAAAACUUCAUUGGAGUUGGAGCUGUCCUACUUGCAGGUUGAAAAUGUCAAAUUUAAACAACAACUUGAUGAAAUAAGAAGGGAAAAUGAAAGCCUGCAGCAGCAAAUGGAAGAACUUACUAGGAUUCAGACAGCUCAGAAGGACAUUUACAAAAAGAAAGAGGAGAAUCUAGAACAAGAAAUUAAGACCUUAAAGAAACAUAAUAGAUCUCCUAAAAUACACAAGACACAAAAGCUAUCUGGGACAGGUUCCAAAAAUGAGAGAGGUCCUAAAAUGCAAGAUGUUGCUCCCGUCAAGAAAUCAACCCCUACAUUUUUAAAGAAAAUAGUAAUUGAAACUCCACCAACAAACGACAGACGAUUAGUUGACAAAACACCAUCUUGUACUUCGGGAACAAAAACAGAAAUGAUACCUCAAAUAAGGUCUUACAGAAUACGCACACCACCUUCAGCAGAGAAACAAGCACCAUGGAAGAAAAAAACCCUGGAAUUGGAUCCCAAAUCUGACAGUUCAGACCAGAAUGAUGUACUGAGUUUCUCUACUGCCAUUAACAAGCAAGCAAAAUACGAUGAAGCCGAGUACUCAGGAUUAUUCAAGAAGGUACAGAAUUCUGCUGUUUAUAAAUCACCAGGAGCAGCAUUAAAACUGGCAGCUAUGAAGAGGAUGCGGGAUGCAGGUUGGACUACAAUUACCAGUUCAGACAAGAAAAAGAAAAAGGUCACCGAAAAAAUAUUUGCCUAA